AUGACUGAUAUAAUGGAAGAAAACACAAUAAUAGCAAACAUACAUAAAAAGUUUUUGGAAUGUAGAGAAGGCGAUGAAAUAGUUGUAUUAAAGUUAUGCGAACUAUGUAAUAGUAUUUGCCCAAUUUAUAAAAAAAUAUUUGGUGAUGGUUUUAUAGCAGAUCUGUUAAUAAAAGACUUAAAAAAUUUAACUUGUAAAGUCCAAAAAGCAAUUGAAAGAUUUCCAGAAGAAACUAAAUAUGUGUCUAUGUUAUAUACUUAUAAUUUAAAAAAAUAUGGAAGUAUAGACAAAUUAAAAACCGAUGUUGAUAAUGGAAUAAUAAAUUUUUUAUGGAUGAAAAGAACUAUAGAAUUUAUUGUUGUUUUUCUUGAAAAAUGUUAUGUAACAAAUUAUUCAUCUAAUUUAAAUAUAUGUGCAAUGCAAGCAUAUGAUGAAGUUUUAAAAAAAUAUCAUGGCUGUAUAACAAGCAAUAUUGUUAAAUUGGCAUUGAAAUUAUCACCGUCCAGAGACAAACUCACGGAAAGAUUGGAAUUAGGAUCAAAUGAAAGGGCAAAAAUGAUUUUGCAUAAAUAUCUUUUAAUAGCGAAAUCAAUAGUUAAUGAUCUUUCAAGAAUAAUUGAGUCAAAUAAUUGCAAUUUUAUGGACAAAGUUUAA